GAUGACAACUAACAUGUUUCUCCUUUAUUUAUAACAUCCAACUCCAUCCCAUGGCCUAGUGUCGCACUUUCAGCAACCAAAGCAAACAUUAAGAAACAUAUCCAUGGAGGCCAAAAGCAGCGUCAUCACAAACAAGCAAGCAAGGAAGAAACUCCUUCCAACCACUGCCUUAUGUAUUGGCGGCGAAGGAGGGAUUGCGGGUCUUUUAGUAUUCGGUGGAGCUCUGGCCAUUGCAGGUUUCAUGGCAGUUGCUUCUUUCGCCAACAACAAGCAAAAGGCAAAGGCCACCCGUGAUCAACAAACUAAACCCCAACAACAAUUGCUGUUGGACGAACACGAAUGUAAGAAUGAAGACGAUCAUGACACCACCCAGAGUCUCACCUCUCUCGUUAACAACUCAUCAAUCGAAAAUGGAGAUGCCACAUGCUAUUGGACAUCCGAUACGAGCAUCGACCAAGAGGAGAAAAGUGAGCUUAAACCCAGGAGUGGUGAUGAGGAGAGCCCAACGGAAAUUGUGUUGUCUGACUCUUCGCCCCCACAAAGUGCGGCUUCGUCCAACGGAAGUGUUGUUGCGGAUGAAUGUAUGGUAUCAUUGUUUAACAGACCCGGUGGCCAAGAACCAGAGCCGGAUGAAAAGGAUGAAGUACCUGAAGACGAUCUAACAUCCUCAGAAACAGAAACUGAAACUGAGGAGGAGGAGGAGGAGGAGGAUGAGAUGAUGUCCGAUGAAGUUUCAGAGUCUGGCUCAGAGGAUACCUCAAAAGAAACAGGGACCACUUCCCUGGACUACAAGGAGGAACAAGUUUGGCCCUCAGAGCUGGUACAACGUGCAAAGCAAAAGUUGAAGGGAGAGAAGAACCAUGUCUGCUCCCGCACUGAUGUGGAUAGCUCCGACUACGAGGAGGAGGUGACAAUGGCACACCAAGCAAAUUUGAACCAAAAUCUGAACUUAUUUAUGGAUCCGAAUAAUCAAGCGUUAACCUGGAUUUUUCCCUUGCUGUUGCUAGCGCUGCUGAUGCUCUUGGUUCUACUCACCUAUCACCCACACGACUCAUUUUAUGUACUAGAUGAUGAGAGUCAUUCGGUAGUCAGGCGAAUUUAGAGGAUCAAAAAAUGUUAGACAUUUUCCCCUUCAAUCAUCUUAAAAUUUAAUUUU